AUAUGUGUAACUGCUUGCUUUGUAUCUUUGCCCAUAAUCGACAUUUACCAACAAAUUUUGCAAUGAAAUAAUGAUUUUAUGUAAUUAUCUGUUAUUGAAAAACUUGAGUAGCAAAGUUUGAUUCCCGCUGAAUGUGCACCGUUGGCUCGCACUUAAAAAAUUUAUGGAAUGGAUGUAGAUGCUCCUAUAUUACUGAAACAACCGUCUCACAGCUGUUUUCACACAGCUGUAACAAACAACCAGUCAGUUUCCCCACAGCAGUUUUCCUACAACAGCUUCCUGGGACAUUGCAGCUGCGUCAAACAGACCCUAAAAAGUUAAAUACAUCUCUUAUCCAUAUGACUGAAAAGGAGCUCCAUAAGCGCCAAGACACUUUCAAAUUUGAGAUCGAAAGUGAAGCAAAUGGCGUCCGAAAUUUGCUACUAGAUGUGAUUAAUUGUCUCAUCAGGGAAGAGUUACUUGGACAAAGUAAAAAAUCUGAUGAGAUAAACAGAACUACAGGGUUGGAUAAUCAUGGUAUUGUUGUUCUGCAACGGCAAAUUAUGAAAGAGCAAGACGAGGGCCUCGAAAAGCUGGAGGAAACAGUAUUGAGCACAAAGCAUAUUGCAUUGGCCGUUAAUGAAGAGCUGGAUUUACAAACUAGAUUAAUUGACAACUUGGACGAACAUGUGGAUAUUACAGACUCUCGGCUUCAGGUAACAUCAUUCUACGUGUGCAAAAGAGGUUGGCCAUCCUUAACAAGCGUACGAAAGGAGGCUGCUCGUGCAUCUGCUUGCUCUUGUCUGUCGUCGUCAUCGUCAUGUUGGCUGUUGUUGCUUGGCUUCUUUUCACUCACUUGUAAAAACCAUUUUCUUACACAAUUCUCCUCUGGUUUGCUCUUUUCUCAGUGUGGAAUCUUAUUUCAAAAGCAGGCACUGUGUUUUCCUUGAUUGUAUCUGCAAAGAUUUGGUUUUUAUACGUUGAAAGUGUGGUAAUUCUGUAAAUGUGUU